CGGGAAAGCUGCACUAGGAGUCCGCGCAUCCCGGGUGGGUUCCUGACCUUGGCCCUGGUGUUGGAGCGGCUGCGCUAUUUCCGUGGGGACCCUCCCUGGAGGCUUCUAACAAAGCCCGGGAGCCUUCUGGCAGCCCGACGGCUAGCAGGCUCCACAGGUCCCUUUAAGGCGCCCUACGCGCGGAAAAAAGGGGAGCGCAGGGGGCGGGAGCAGGGUUCGCGAUCGCACGCCACGUGACUCGGCUGCGGACUCAGCCCGAGAGUUUGACAGAAGUUUGAAUCGGACUCGGGGGCUUUCUGCAGCCGGCGGGGCAGUGCGGCGGACACAGCCUCCAAGAGCGCGAGCAGCAGCGCCCCCCACGACCUAGCCCGCCCGCCAGCCUGGAGCCCGGCCUGCCCACGGCCGCGAGCCCACCGUCCCCAGCGCCCCCGCGCGCCACGCAGCCUCCCGGCCAGGGAGCCGAAGCCCCACACUGCUCCCCGCUGCACCAGCAUGUCCUCGACGGAGAGCCCCGGCCGCACGUCGGACAAGGCUCCGCGCCCGCAGGUGGACCGAUUGCUCGUGGGGCUGCGCUGGCGGCGCCUGGAGGAACCACUGGGCUUCAUCAAAGUUCUCCAGUGGCUCUUUGCUAUUUUCGCCUUCGGGUCCUGCGGCUCUUACAGCGGGGAGACGGGAGCCAUGGUUCGCUGCAACAACCAAGCCAAGGACGUGAGCUCCAUCAUUGUUUUGUUCGGCUACCCCUUCAGGUUGCACCGGGUCCAGUAUGAGAUGCCUCUCUGUGAUGACGACUCCACCUCCAAAACCAUGCACCUCAUGGGAGACUUCUCUGCCCCCGCUGAGUUCUUUGUGACCCUUGGCAUCUUUUCCUUCUUCUAUACAAUGGCUGCUCUUGUCCUCUACCUGCGCUUCCACAACCUUUACACAGAGAACAAACGCUUCCCACUGGUGGAUUUCUGCGUGACUGUCUCCUUCACCUUCUUCUGGCUGGUUGCUGCAGCUGCCUGGGGCAAGGGCUUGACUGAUGUCAAAGGGGCCACACGGCCAUCCAGCCUGACUGCAGCCAUGUCCGUGUGUCACGGAGAGGAUGCAGUAUGCAGUGCCGGAGCCACACCCUCGAUGGGGCUAGCUAACAUUUCUGUGCUCUUCGGCUUUAUCAACUUCUUCCUGUGGGCUGGAAACUGUUGGUUUGUGUUCAAAGAGACACCGUGGCAUGGACAGGGCCAGGACCAAGGCCAGGGCCCCAGCCAGGAGAGUGCCGCAGAACAGGGAGCGUUGGAGAAGCAGUGAACAGCUGGCUACUCCCGACCUGGACAGCACCUCUUCAUGUCCUCCGGCUUCCACAGGACCUUCCUUCUCCUCCAGCUCCCUUCCCCCAUCAUUCUGGGCUUUGAGAUUUGAGACGCUGGAUGCGUAGGCAUCAGCUAUUGGUAACCCAGGCAGUCCUCCACUGGCUUCCUAAUCCCUCACCCUGCUGGAGCUGCAAAGGGCAGGAACUCAGUACUUCUUGUCCACUGCCUGGACUCAGGCAUCUUACUGGGCUUUAAUUUGUGUUCUCAAGUCUCUGAGAAAGAGCCUCUGCUUGCUGCAGGUGAGGGGAGGAAACUAGAAUCCUAACACUGGUCUCUAAAAGCUGCCUUGCUAUCACUUGUCUAGUCUCCGUGCAGUGGGGGAGGGGAAGUCAGCCGGCAGCCUUGCCCAGAUUUCCGAUUCCCAUGUGGAGGGCCCAGCAGUGGUGUCGUCUGGUCUCUGUAUCUUAUCUCUAGUCCUCCCAGAGCCCAGUGUGCUCCCUAAUCUCCUCUCUGGCCUCUGUUUGUCCACAGCUCCCACCAUGUGUCAAACAGGGAGACCCAUUACCCUAUCCACGGGCGGGCCCUCUUAGGAUCCACAUGAGGCCGGGGCUCAGUGGGAGCAGACAGAGUUGCCAUUGUGUUGCAGCUUCAGGGAAGAGAGUCAGGAAAGUUGCUGGCAGAAUACGUUUUCCAGGCCCUCAGUUCUCCCUCUCCCUCAGCUGGAACACUUUCAGCAGCUCCCUAAACUCCACUUACUCAUGAAACCCCCAACUCCCUUCUCCUUCUUGGGCUUGGUUUUGUCUCACACUUAGGAAACAAGAUGAGAAGGCCAGGAAUAUUUCCACUUCCUUCUCCCACCCCACCCCCCACCUGACAGCCCGUCUCCCUUCCCUAACCUUUUGGAGAUGAGGCAUUUAAGAUCUUUUUUUU